GGCGGCGGCGCUGGCCGCCGGGAGGCGGCACCGCAUGGCGCGGUGAGGGGUGAGGGGGGAGCGGGAGCGGCGGUCCGAGGGCUGGGCCUGCGGGGGAUCGGCUCCGGCACCCGGUACCACCAUGGUGUUCCUGAGGUGUUUCCCGCCCCCGGCAGAGGGGGUCCGGCUGCAGCAGCCCGAGAUCGCGGCGGUUCUGGACGGCAAGGGGCUGGGCACCGGCACCCUGUACAUCGCCGAGAGCCAACUGUCUUGGUUUGAUGGAUCCGGCAUGGGAUUCUCCUUGGAAUAUCCGACCAUCAGUUUGCACGCUGUGUCCCGAGACGUGACCGUUUAUCCACAGGAGCACCUGUAUGUGAUGGUGAAUGCCAAGCUGGGUGGUGAGUGUAUAAGCAAUAUGGAAGAGAAAGCAUCUGAGGGUGAGGAGGCAGAGGACGAUGAUGAAGCCGACCCGAUCACAGAGGUCCGGUUUGCGGUGGACAAAACGGCAUUGGAGCAGAUGUUCACAGCAAUGUGCGACUGCCAGGCACUGCAUCCAGACCCAGAUGACACUGACUCGGAGAACGACUUCGAGGAGGAUGACGAAGAGGGAGAGGAGUAUGAUGUGGAGGCUCACGAGCGAGGCCAGGGCGACAUUCCCACAUUCUGCACGUACGACGAAGCCUUCUCUCACUUGAACCCAGAGGGGCAGGCGACUCUGCAGAGACUGGAGGGCAUGCUGGCUCAGUCAGUCAGCCAACAGGCCUUUCACAUGGCUGGUGUGCGGACAGACGACUCAGCUGCAGACAAUGAAGAUGGAAUGGAGGUGGACACCACACCAGUGGAAGCUGGGCAGUUCGAUGACGCUGACGUUGAUCACUGGUAA